GGCGGCGGGGGGCGGGGGGGAAAGUUUGCCUUGCAAUCCCCCUGCCUUCCUCUCCUUUCUCCCGAUCAAUGCAUAUUUGCAAAAGGAUUAAGCCACCGAUUUAAGCGCCGGGAGCCCAUUUCUGCCUUGCAAAGGAGACCGGACUGAAAAACCCCAAAGCCAGCUCUGAUUUCUUUGCGUCCAGUGGGAAGGAUUUGAAGACUGCUUGAAGGAUCAAAAGCCUCGGUGCUUCCUAGGAGCCGGGCCGAGGAGCAGUCGAGGAAGAGCCGGGGGCUCGGGCGCCUUUGGAGAUGGACGAGCAGCCCAGGCUGAUGCAUUCCCACGCCGGGGUCGGGAUGGCCGGACACCCCGGCCUGUCCCAGCACUUGCAGGAUGGGGCCGGAGGGACCGAGGGGGAGGGCGGGAGGAAGCAGGACAUUGGAGACAUUUUACAGCAAAUUAUGACCAUCACAGACCAGAGUUUGGAUGAGGCGCAGGCCAGAAAACAUGCUUUAAACUGCCACAGAAUGAAGCCUGCCUUGUUUAAUGUGUUGUGUGAAAUCAAAGAAAAAACAGUUUUGAGUAUCCGGGGAGCCCAGGAGGAGGAGCCCACAGACCCCCAGCUGAUGCGGCUGGACAACAUGCUGCUGGCAGAGGGGGUGGCGGGCCCCGAGAAAGGUGGGGGUUCGGCAGCGGCAGCAGCAGCGGCUGCAGCGUCUGGAGGCGCUGGAUCCGACAACUCCGUGGAACACUCCGACUACAGAGCCAAACUCUCCCAGAUCAGACAAAUCUACCACACGGAGCUGGAGAAAUAUGAGCAGGCCUGCAACGAGUUCACCACCCAUGUGAUGAAUCUCCUGCGCGAACAGAGCCGGACCAGGCCCAUCUCCCCAAAGGAGAUCGAGAGAAUGGUCAGCAUAAUCCACCGCAAAUUCAGCUCCAUCCAGAUGCAGCUCAAGCAAAGCACGUGUGAGGCUGUCAUGAUCCUACGUUCACGAUUUCUGGAUGCACGGCGGAAGAGACGGAAUUUCAACAAACAAGCGACAGAAAUCCUGAAUGAAUAUUUCUAUUCCCAUCUCAGCAACCCUUACCCCAGUGAGGAAGCCAAAGAGGAGUUAGCCAAGAAGUGUGGCAUCACAGUGUCCCAGGUAUCAAACUGGUUUGGAAAUAAGCGAAUCCGGUACAAGAAGAACAUAGGUAAAUUUCAAGAGGAAGCCAAUAUUUAUGCUGCCAAGACGGCUGUCACUGCUACCAAUGUGUCAGCCCAUGGAAGCCAAGCUAACUCACCCUCAACUCCCAACUCAGCUGGUUCUUCCAGUUCUUUUAACAUGUCAAACUCUGGAGAUUUGUUCAUGAGCGUGCAGUCACUCAAUGGGGAUUCUUACCAAGGGGCCCAGGUUGGAGCCAACGUGCAAUCACAGGUGGAUACCCUUCGCCAUGUUAUCAGCCAGACAGGAGGAUACAGUGACGGACUCGCAGCCAGUCAGAUGUACAGUCCGCAGGGCAUCAGUGCUAAUGGAGGUUGGCAGGAUGCUACUACCCCUUCAUCAGUGACCUCCCCUACAGAAGGCCCUGGCAGUGUUCACUCUGAUACCUCCAACUGAUCUCCCAGCAAUCGCAUCCCGGCUGACCCUGUGCCCCAGUCGGGUCGGGCCAGGAGGGAGGGUUUCUCUCCCAACGCUGAAGCGGUCAGACUGGAGGUCGAAGCAAUCAGCAAACACAAUAAGAGUCUCCUUCUCUUCUCUUCUUUGGGAUGCUAUUUCAGCCAAUCUGGACACUUCUUUAUACUCUCUUCCCUUUUUUUUUCUGGGUAGAAGCCACCCUUUCCUGCCUCCAACUGUCAGCCUGGUGUCCGUCAUCCUCCCUGCCCCUGCCCUCCUGCCUAGACUCCCAGGGUCCCCGCCCUUGAUUACAUCCCUAGAGGAUAUUUUCAACAAUUAGAGGAACUUAAGAGGAAAAAAAAUACAAAGAAAAUAAUAAAAAAGUGUUUGUAUGUUUUCAUGCUGGUGGUUUGAGGAGCCAAAUUUACCUCACUCGGAUCCCUCACUCCCUAUGUUAACAGGCAAUCCUCUGUUUCUCUUAUUACUCUCACUACCUCUUAGCAGGAAUACGCCACAUCGCCCUACUCAUUCCAGCCCUCCCUGCCUCCUUUCGCCAUUGCCCCCCUGGGGAUAAUUCUGAUUCGAGCACUUUCCUCCUCUUCCUUCCCAGCCCCAGGAAUUCCUGGGCACUGCCAUGACUGGGCUUCUAAAGGUGCCAUGUUUCCAGUUUCAGCUCUACUUGGUUAUUCCCAGGCAGAAAGUCAGGCAAGAGGAAUGGGCACAGGGAACAAGAAGAGUAGACAUCUUAGAGGCUUUGUCAAUCAUCCUAAUAAUGCUUCUUGGUUUCAAAGGCACAGUUUUAGAGACCAUGAAACUUUCAGUAAGCAAUGUUUAAAGCCUACUGCAAACCAGGACUGAGUCAGGUCUGGGAAAGAGUGCAUCACUGAGAAGUAGAAGGUUCUUAUCCUGAAACCCUUCAAUGGUCUACACACACACACACACACAAACACACAUAUGUAGGCACAUGCACAGCAUAUACUGUCACUCUCCCAAGAUUAGUCACACCCCACAUACAAACACCUGCAUGAGAAAUCGCAGCAUUAUGCUUCAUGAGCUCAAGAGAGGAAAUUGGCAACUGUAAGUGAAGGUCACUGACACAGAGAAGCAAUACGUGCCUGGGGCCUCCAGGAUCUGCAGCCCCCCAGCGUGCCUACCCCAGAAAGACUUGAUCAUGAGGAAGGCCAGGUUUGCAAUGUGCACUCCUCCUGUUCCUCCCACCUCUGGAGCUCUCAGGGAGCCGCCUCCAUACUUAAAAUGUCUGUCAUGGCUUUGGUUAUGUUUGGUUUUUUGUUUUGUUUUAGAGACAUUGCAUUAAUUAUCCAAAAUGUUAGAUGGCACCACAUUCUUGAUUCCUGACCUCUUGUUCUGGAGAAGUUAGGUAAGAACAUGGCUUGGGCAAACUUUUUUUGCUAGCUUAAUUUAAUGGCAUGUUGGUCAUGCAGAAGGGGGAGAUGAUGUUCUCAGUGAAAUGGUCACCGUGAUUUUCAUUCCCUGGAAAUGUUGAAAAGAGUAUGUACCAGAAGUUUUUCUCUGAUGUCACCUGAGCUUAUAUUCAUAGCCAACUAGGCCAGUGACAGAAAUGGCAGCUCUGUCUCUUGAUAAAAUGGGAGGUGGUCUACUCUUGGUGCCUCAUUUUCUUCAUUUGUAAAAUGGGAAUAAUUACGCCUAGCUCCCCAAGAGGCUUGUGAGAGACUAAGAAAUUGAUUUUAUUCAUAUACAAUUCAUACAAAUGAAGAGAGUAGGAGUGAAGUCCCUGAGAUGAACUGGUUUAUGCCCUAGAGGGACAAUAACUUGGUUUUCUUGCUCUAACUCCUGGUAAUCCUUCAUACCCUGAUGUUAUCACCAUGAUGACGAGGUUACUGUAUUUGUGUUUGGUUUGUUUGAUUUCUCAGAAUAGAGCAAAGCUUCCAAACUAGAAGAAUAGCAUCAGGUUCUCUUAGUUUGUAUUUGAUUCCAAAAUGUGGCCAUGUAAGUACUCUCCCCUGUUAUAUUGACUGCUUGAGAGACCUUUGGGAGGGGUGAGGAUAACCAACUAACAAAGUCACAGAAGUUCUGCAGGGCACUGCAGCAUGGAUAGAAAAACCUGCUGUAGUGUGUGUUGGAAGUAGAAAUGUUUAAGACUGGAGGACAUGCAAAUUUGAAGGAAAUGCAAAAAGCAAAUAUAUGGCUAACUGGGAUUAUGCUUUGAUAACUAAGGGCAGUAGAAAUAGUGUGUCUACCAGUCUGUGCCAUAAUCACAGCCAGACUCCAUAAGAAGUCAUUCUGGAAGUAGCCAUCUUGUGGGAACCCCCUAGUUACUGGAUUCAAAGGAGAAUUUUCUCUUAAUGGCAGGGAUAUGUUGAAACUACCCACAGAGGACCCUGGUGGGCCUCACUUUGGGCAAAAUACAAAAACGAUACUGAAAGGGUUCUCUUGAGAUCAGGAAGAAUGAUUCCAGAUUUGGGUUGAAUGAAUGGCAUUUCAAGUUAAUGAAUGAAAAAGAUCAGAGCAGUACUACUUUUGCACAGGUAGUUUCUUCCCUGCUAUAGUUUGCACUGAUUAUCACUUCUGUCAGCAUUUUCCCCACCCAGCACUGCACUCAGUCCUCUUCACAUGCAACGCCUUUCCCACAAUCUUCCCACCACACCCAUGACCAUAUCCAACAUGGAGCCAUGAACUCUUUCUGCAUUAAACAAAGCAUAACCACAUUGGCAGCAGAGGAUGGGGAUGGAAAGCAUGUGCCUCUGGAAAUGUAGCGCCCCAGGAAUUCAUCCUAGAUUAGUCCUACCCAUAGCAAAAUGUGCCCCAGAACUCUCACUUUCUGAUGAAGUAGGAGUGCUCCAUUUCUCUGGCAGCAAAUUUCCCCUGAAAUAACACUAGGCCUUGAAUUUGCCACCUCGUCAUUCUUUGUCAUCUCCUCCUUUCAUCCCUAACACCUACUCCUGGCGUGGAAUUGACUCCUGGGCAGUACUUUUGCCAGAUGGCACCUUCUUUCCAUUUAUGUUUUUAUUGCUUUGUGGUGGUGGUUCUUUAUUUGCCGGUUGCCUUUUCUCACACAUAUCUUUGCCCUCUUUCCUUCUGAGUUUUAUUUUUCUGCCCAGAAAAACCUGACUUCGAUACCAAAAAAGAUGAAACUACAGAAACUCAAAUUUAAAAAAAACUUAAAAAAAAACAAAAAAAUACUCAAUGAUUCUUUCAGCUUUAUUAACAUUUUCCAUUGUUUCUUGCGACUUGUGUCUCGUUCUUUGUAGUAUUGAUGAUGAACAUUUGAUAAUGAAUGUUCUUGUAUAUUCAGAUAAAGAAAAAAAACCAAAAAGCGGUCUGAAUUUAAUAGUGUUUAUAAUAAAAAUUUUAAAAAUGACCCUCAUAGCACGCAAAACAGGGUGGGGAAUUCCCCUCCUCUUUCUGUGACAAUGCGCAUUCGUUCCUGCAUUAGUUUUUAACACCAAACUACCUACAUUCAUCAUUUCCCCCAUUUUUCUUUUAUUUUCUUGCAUUUGUGAAUUAGUUCAAGAAUGCUAGAAAAGUGUCGAGUUGUGCACAUCCAUUUCCUGUUUCACAAUGUUUAAAAGUGACAGUAAUUCAUUUUGUAAACUAAAAAAAAAAAGGUUGGAAUAGUGAGCAUAAUAGGUACAACCUAACACGUUAUUAUGUUUAUUAACUUUGAGACCCAGAAAUAAAUUCUUUUUUCUUUUCUUUAUUCCUGCUCUUUAAAAUAUUAAAAAAAAAAUUAUGUUUUGUGUUAUUUUUGGUUUGUUUAUCGGGGGGUGGGGCUUUUUAUUUUUGGUCAGGAUUAUGAUCUUGCUGUUUUUAUUCCUUAAAUAUGUAUAUGAGGUGGUGUGAAAAGGUAACUAUUGUAGAGUAGGUGGUUUCUUUACACUUCUGCUUUGCUUCACAAUUCAGUUGACUUCAAAAACAGGUAAAGCCCAUGUUGAUGUCACGUGGCUCACCUGAAUUUCCAGCGUGGCUGUGGCAUUCCCGCAGCUCCUGAGAAAAACAAAUUCAGGGACUUGGAUUCUGCUUUGACCCUUUGAAAACUCGUGGAAUUGGUCCAGGGAAACUUGUAUUGUAGGGGCAGGUUUUUUGCCUUUGUGGACUGGAUGUCACAAUGAAGUGCUUUCUUUUCUUUCUUCCUGGUUAAUAAUAACAUUUCAUGAGGCCUCUCCCAGCUAGAGAGGGUUUUUCCUCCUGAAGAUUCCCACAGGAGAUCCUGGUGUGGUGGCCCCUGCGUUGACUGUGUCAGCUGGAUCCAGGAAGCCAAACCUGGGGCCAGACCACCCAUGAUCCUUUGAGUCGUGAUUUUGGAUGAAGACUUGUUAAGAAAUUGAACCAGACUCCAUGCUGUCAUUUUAAUGUGAAGAGGUUAAGUUUGAUGCAUGGACAGUACACCUGCUAACUAACCUCUGAUUUAGGCAGCUGCUUGAAGCAAAUUGUAAAGCUGGCUUGAUUCGGAAUGUUUUUAUUAAUUAUGUGAGAAAAGAAAGCACUGUUCCUGGGAAGAGACUUAUUGUAAAUAUCUUUUCAUUCAACAAUGAUUAAGUUUUCAGAAAACAGACCCUACACAAGAAAAGUGAAGACAAACUGCAGAAUUGUGGAGCAACACUUUUAGAAGUGUUUCUGCCUGAACACUUGUGCUCUUAUUGCCAAGUCAUAACAAAACAAUGACGGGCUUUUCACAUCACCUUUAUGGGUUCAAUCUCUAGCUCAAAGCUUUCUGGAAUCUUUUUAUUUUUUGUAAACUUUUUUUUUCUUAUGUGAAAAUAAAUAAAACAUUCAAUGUUCUUCCCCCCUCCCCUCCUAUUACUUCUUUUCUUUGGAGUUUUCAAUUAUUUUGAAGUGCUUUCCUUUGGUUGUUGGUUUUAUUCUCCUGCUCCCCCUCCCCUAUUCUUAUUAUUCAGAGUAUAAACCUGCAAAGUUCUGCUCUGUUUUGGUUUUGAAAGUUUAAGCUUUUCUGCUUCUGUGAGAGCACAGGCUUCUGUCCCUUUUGAUUCCAACUGAACUUUUGUGUUCUCUAAUGAUACUAACACGGUGUAGGUUUUACAGUUUCCUAAUUUGUACUGGUAAUGCAUAUUCCAAAUAAAUAGUUUCUUUUGUUGCAAAAAAAUAUAUAUACUUGUAUUUUGUGUAAAUUUCUUCUCUUACAUGCUGGCAACUUCUCUUUCCCCAAACUAGGGCUGUGCUAAUGUGAAUUGUGGUUGGAACUGGCCCUGGUCCUUUUAAAGUCUCCAUACAUAACAGUGGGGUAAAUGACCUCAUGAGAAGAUGGAUGGGUAGGGGGCCUGGAGGAAGGAAAUGAGGAAAGAUCUUUUAUAGACAAAUAUUAGGGUGCUGCUAGAAAACAGAACACCCCAUCUUGUCCCCUUAUGUGUGAUUGAUCACCACCUACCAUGUCCCAGGUAAAUGCAUACCAGAGAGAGAUCCUCCAUGCUAAAUUCUGUAUAUCUAAGUCAUGGCUGUUUUGUUCAGUGGUUCUGCCCUGAUCUGGUCAUCAAGAAAACUGUGGUACCCAAGAGAUAUUUUAGGAGAAGGAAUCUAGGCUACAAAUGG